GCAGGGAACCAGGUCAUUCGGUUGACAGUGGACCCACUGCUCAGACGUGGAGUGCUUGCUUGCUGCUGAGAAACUCUCUGUACAAAUCAUGGCUACCACAAUGUGCCAGUGUCUGGGCUUUGGCAUCUCAGCCCUAGGCUUUGCCGGGACCAUCGUUGCCACUGCGUUGAACAUGUGGAGCACACAGGACUUGGGCCAGGAUCUGGUGACCUCGAUUUACAAAUACAUGGGUCUGUGGAAAACGUGCAUGCAGCAGACAUCCGGCUACACGGAAUGUCGCCCCUUCUACACCGUCCUGGGGCUUCCAGCCACCUUCCAGGCCGUCCGUGCACUCAUGAUCGUCGCCAUCGUUCUCGCUUUAAUCGGUUCCGGUGUCUCCAUCUUAUCCCUCAAGUGCAUUCGACUGGGAACCAUGGACGAUGCUUCAAAGGCCAACCUGACGCUCACCUCUGGGAUCCUGUUUAUCGUUGCAGGAGUUUGUUGCAUAGCUGGUGUAUCGAUCUACGGAAACAUGUUGGUGACAAACUUCUGGGAGGCAAACUUGUCAAUGCUUGGGAAUCAAGGGGGAGUUCAGCAGAGGUACACAUUUGGCUCGGCCUUGUUUAUAGGCUGGGUUUCUGGAGGCCUGCUUGUUAUCGGUGGAAUAGUGAUGUGUAUCUCGUGUCGAGGUCUGGUACCUGAGGAUACUCGGUACAAUUCGACCAUCUACAAAGUCCCGAGCCGUGGGGGUCCCUACAGGACAGGCUACAAAGCCGGCACAAACUACGACACGGAAAUGACCCACGUGAGGAAGACCUACCCCGACGAUAUUGAGUCAAAGAAAUCCGGCUACAACCGCAGCACCGCGGACUCCAAACGUGCUGCAUCCGGGAAAUACGACUAUGUGUAAACUUGCUGGUAACCCCAGGGUGAGAUUCUGAAACGUGGCCAGGGUUUGAUUUGUUAAACAUCCUUCUGAGAUACUUUUGCUCAGCUCACCUUCCUGACCCAUCACUCGCCGGUGUAGUUCUGAUGCUGAUAAGGAAGACCAGUGCAAUCAGUUGGGUAAGGUCCAGUUUCCACACAGACCAUGCAAUUCAACAUCAGCGGGGACCUCAAAGUGGACAAUGAGGGCCCUGUCUACCUAAUUUUUCAUUUGUGUUGACGCAUGAGGGUAUAGCAUCCAUUUUGUAUCCCCACUGAAGUUGAAUGUUACCCCAAUGGACAACCCACGUUUGAAUUGAGCUUUGACUAUUGUGCCCAUGCAUAUCACCCACACCGGGGAGUACAAAUAUCCAUCAGUCAUUCUAAUGCUGCCAGUAGCCCUCUGAUCUGGAAGACAGAAAUUAGAUAAAACUUUUCAGGCCUGAAGGAAAUGGAAUGUGGACUCAGUGACCAGUGCAGCCUCUAAAUGGGAUCAAGAAGCAACCAAAUGAGUUUCCUAGAAGACAAUGGGUGAGGAAUACAAUGUUGGGCAGGUUACAAUGAUCUAUCCAAAAGGACUGGUAUUAUUGGAACAAAUGCUCCAGAUUCUCAAUCUGGAUCACACCCAGGGCAGCAGGCUGAGCUGGAGGGAGGUGGGAAUUCUGUUAGUUUUCAUUAGCAGAUAAUCUUUCCAAUCUGGCAAGUCCACUUGGCAAUCAUGGAAGAUAACAGAGAACACCUCUUCAUUUUUCUCCAGCAUUUCCCAUACCCAAGGAACAAGGAGAGGGACACUGUAAAGUCCAAAAGUCAAGUCCGGACUCAGUCGCAUUUCUAACAUUGCCAUUUGCCUCAAGUUGAUGCAACUGAUUUUUUUUCCCAUCUCUCUCCGUGUUUCCAAGAUCUUCCUGUCUUACCAACUCCCAGAUUCCCCCUUUCAGGCAUUUGAAAUUCCAAAUCUCCUUCACUUGCAGCUAAACAUGUCUCCAGCUCAAACCCCUCCACCUCCUCUACAUUCAUCUGAUGCUGACUUCGGUUACACUCCUGCGCACCUCCUCCUGUACUGAAGCAAGGUGUCAAGGCCAGACCAAUGAAAUAGGUGACAGUGGAGAUAGGGAGAAGGAGCAAGAAUGUUGAUGUCAAUGGCAGUGGAGGGAGCAACAGGAGAAGGUCAUUUUGCAUCCUAAAACAAGGAGACCACAUCAAUCCCAGGAAUGAUUAAAGUAUUUUUAGUGCCUUUUUAAAUCAAAACACCAACUUUAAGAGGGUGUACUCAACAUGGCUUAAUUGCACAGCUUAUCAAUCAGCUUUCCCAUUCAUCGUCCUUCACCUGGUUAGCACAAGGAUUGAUAUGCUGUUUGAUUAUUGUUUACUUCUUAAUUUCUUUGCAACAAAGUCACAGCCCAGGAACAUUUCACAAUCUCACCCUUGUGGUUCAGUAGAAUGUUUGCGCUUUGUGGGGCUUUUUUUAAGAAACUGUUGUGAAUGUGUUUUUUUUAUUAUUAUGUAUAAAUGGUGGGCAAAAUGGCGAGGCAUAUUAUCACAUGAAACACCCACAAUGGGACAGGAGUCAGGAAAACUCUGCAGACUUUUAAAAGAUGCCAAAGUUCCAAACCCGCUUCCGACAGAACUGAUUUUUUUUUUCGCUGUAAAGGAGCUGAGAAUAAUAUACAAUGCAGGCGGACCCUCAAACUCUACAGCGUCAACUGAACUCUGUGCUGAGUUCAAUCAGAUCCCAAUGUGGCUGAUCCAAGUGCUCCACUUUAAGCCACAGUGUGGGAAAUCAUGAGUUCAAGGAGUGAUCACAGACCCUCUCGAAGGAUAGAUAAGAUCUGUACAAGUGUCAUGAUUGGAAGUUUUCUUUUUCAAAUCUCCUGUUCUUGAAACUUGAAAUAAAAGCAGGUUUAAGCUGUUAUUGAGAAUCAAAAAAAACACUGUUAAACAAACUGCUUUUAUUUGACAAGAUAUAAGUUUGGGGGAAAAAAAAUUCCCAUCUGCCCAUGCAGAGUCCCUUCGUUGACAUUUCACAAGAACUAUUAUGACAUCAUUAUGAAUGCUUGGUGAGGCUUCAAAAGGUACAAUUAUCUCAGCAGGAGAUUCUGAGUUCACAAUUUGAUUGGCAGCUUAAAUUGGCUAUUAAAUGAUUAACUGGCUUUGCGAAGAAGCUUGUUUUUUUUUUAUUUAAUCUAUUUUUCUAAUCAAACUGUUCAGAGAUGUUAUUACACACCUCUGGAACAGGUGGGACUUGAACCUGGGUCUCUCAGUCCAGUGGUAGGGGCAGUACAUCUGCACCACAAAAGUUCUCAGCUUAGUUCUUUUUCAUAUGAGAUUGGACUGUUAAGGAGAUUUAAAAGCUUUGAAUGGAUUUCACGAAAUGGAUUUUUGUUUUCCAUUAUCAAGUGUGCAUUAGAGACCAUUCUAUUAGAGUGCUCGAACUUUAAAUUCGUUAAUUUCAACACGGUUCCUGAGUUCUGUAUAUGAUGUAUACUAGAUGAUGAGCUAUGGAGGUGGCAUGAAUUGACAUGGGGAUAAGUGUAGGGAAAAUGAGGUGAUAUGGACAGGUCAUGCAGGGGUAUAAGAGGCAUGAUUCGCUAGGCAGGCGAUAAAGGGUAGGGGGUAAAGAGGAGUGAGGGAUAGAUGGCCUAGCAGCUUUUAAAACAAUCAGGACUGAGACCCUGAGUACUAAGGUGGACCUGCUAAUCAGGUACCUUGGCACUGCCCCAUCCCAGUCUCCAAUGACAACCUGCUUCCAAGAUCAGGGGAGACUGUAGUUAAAAUCUGAGUCCAACAGGCCCCUUUAAACUCAGGCAAGUCUGCCCAGUCCAGACAUAUUCCAACUUGAACUACCCUCUUCAAGGGGAAAGAUCCAGCUCAAUGUUUUAGAAGGUAACGUAAAAUACAUGAUGGAAAAUCCAUAUUUUUCCACCUCUUGUUACACACCUCACUCACUGGUUUAAUUUUCCCUUGCAAUCUGUGUCUCUGGCCUGGUGGAAUUGAGUACAAUUACCAAAUAAGUUCAUAUGCUUGUUAUUUUCUUGAAGUAUAACUCCACCCGAACAGGAGUACCUAACUUCAAACCUCUAUUUUUCACAAGAGAACAUCCUGAGUUGGAACUAGAUCACCAUUUCUUCACUGUCUCCCUACCAGCACUGUGAGUGUCCAUUCACCACAUUGGGUGCAGCGGUUCAAGAGAGCAUUAACCUUCUCCAGGAUACUCAGCAAUAGGCUGUGAAAACUUGCCUAACCAAUGACACACACAUCCUGUUAGAAUUUUAAAUAUUGACUCAAUACGGCUUUGAACUCGCAUCCAGCUGAAGCUGGAAUAACAAAGUCCAAUCCCCUCCAUGCUGGGUCCUCCCCAUGAGAAAGCAAAGGAGAUUUUAGUCACAACAUUCUGGGUUCGAUUUGAAUCCAGUUGCCUCGAUCUGAACCAUGGCAUCACCCAGCUCUCCCUAACUUCAUGUUUUGAACACAGGGCUCUCAUUCACAAAGCUACAUCAAGGCAUCAUGUUAAAUAGUCCUGCAAAAUGAAUGGCAGAGCAGGACAGUGGUUACACACCACUAAACGAAGCAUAGUGUAUGAUUUUGCGUUUCACUUUAAUUCCUACAACCGUGGAUAACAGGGCUCCUAUUCAUAGAUUGUAACAAAUGUGGGGCUCAAAGAUAAACCCAGAAACGUUUUUACUCAGCAAAACCGUACAGUGUAGACAAUUUGUGAUGUGCUACAGACGCGAGUAACGUUGGCCAGGUUGCAUUCAUUGUUUUCUCUGAAGGGUUAAGAGUUGAAUGGAAGUGUAAUUACGUUAAGUGGAAAUGUAGUCAGAGAGAGGGCAGAUCAGAUAUGUUCGCUCCCCUGUAGAACUCCGGGGCAUCUGCUUUUGACAAUCCAUGAAUCACCAGCUUGGUUUGCGUUCUGUUUCACAAUAAGGCUGAACCUCUUGGUUAUCACAAGGAGCAGGUCACUGCAUCACGCGAGCUGAUCGCGCUCAUUACCCCUGUCAAAUUGUCUGUAUCUCUGCUGUGUUUAGCUCUUUGACUUUAUGUUCAGUAACAAUUAGAGGUUUUCUUCCUUAAAAAACAAAUAAAAGUGUGCAUUAAAUGGA